AUGGGAAACUCCUCUUCUCAGCACACUCAAGUUCCAGACGCAGUCAGCUCUACUCUUUCACCAAAUGUCCGACGCCGCAUUUCGCAAAACCCGGGAUUCAUUAGUUUUUUUGAGGGAACUCCACUUGGAAAGAACGCCAACCGAAAGAAGAGUAGAACGCCAUCUUUGGCUGUGAGCAGCAGCAGCACGCUUUCGUCCAAAAAUGACGCAAGAUCAUCAAUUCCACCCUUACCGCCCUUACCAAAUCAACAAAAUCAACCAGUACCUCAAACUACACGUUCUUCAUCCGGUUUAUCCGAAACAUCCACACUUGUCUCACCAUUACUAGAGUGUGCAGACAGUAACAACAACAGUACGUCUGAUCUUAUCUUUGAGGUCGUUGACGGUAGACGUUACCUUGUCACCCCAGGUACACACUUUUACCUUCCUUGUGACGAUGAUGAAGCCGAUCGGCUAGUAAUUUUGCACUUUUUACUACGAUAUGCUUUCAGUGGUAACUUUGGAGCACCCAUUGCUGAUACGUUGCGCGACCGACGCCUGGAGGACAAGACACCACCUCGCGUGCUCGACAUUGGCUGUGGCCCAGGCACAUGGGUUCUUGAAAUGGCUACAGAUUUUCCACAUGCAGAAUUCUAUGGCACUGAUGUACGCACUAUGUUCCCAACUGCCAUCAAACCAUCAAACUCUCAUUUUUGCCAGCACAACUUCCUCAAGGGACUUCCUUAUGCCGACAACUCCUUUGAUUAUGUACACAUGAGCCUAUUGCUUUUCACCUUAACCCACGCCCAAUUUAUGAACCUUUUGGCCGAGAUCACGCGUGUCCUGAAGCCAGGUGGCUACUAUGAACUCAAGGAUACUGAAUAUCGUAUUGAAAGACCUGGACCUGUGUGUGAUUCUCUUUUGAAUCAAAAGGUUCGCAAGACAAUGAUGUCCCAAGGCAUUGAGCUCUACAAAAGCCACCACAUCUCCACCUUCCUUAUGACUCAACCAGGCAACAAUGGGUUUGUCGAUGUGCACCAGCGACGGAUCACAAUUCCGCUCGGGUGGGGUGGUCAGCUGGGCGACGUCCAUGCUCAGAACUUAGAGACCUUUUUCCAGUCGCUGAAUCCUCGGAUCAAAGAAGCGGCCCGAUCCUCCGACCCGGACAACGAAGACGUGCUGUCAAACGAAGUGAUCCAGCAUGCUAUGCGCGAAUGUAAAAAGUACCAGUCCCAUCUCAAUUGGUUUGUCUGCUAUGGCCAAAAACCACCUAUGAACUCUGCCGACACCAUCUCCAACCCGCCAACUCCCCGCAAAGCCACAUUUUCAGCCUCUGCUACACCAAGCCCUGCUUCUGAAGCCGAUGAGCACCACCAUCUGGCAGAUAUGACCUGGGAGUCAAUCAAUGACUUUGUCGAAGGUUACAUUGACUAG